UCCCCCCAGAUCUGGAGACUGAGAGACAGAGGACAGGGAAGGGCAGCUCCCCAACAGAGAACGGGGAUGAAUGCCAAGUAACAGACGUGUUAACUGGAGGCCCUUCGGGAGGUGACCCGCGAGCUGGGACCCGAGAGGCUGAGUGGGCAUUUGGGAACGCAGGCGGUUCAAGCAGAUGGAGGAGCACAGGCAGAGGCAGAGCAGCAUGAAAAUCUGCGGCCGCCCCCUACCGCUCCUGCCCUUGUGUGCCUCCGUGUCUUUGCUAGGUGGCCUGACCUUUGGUUAUGAACUGGCAGUCAUAUCAGGCGCCCUGCUGCCACUGCAGCUUGACUUUGCGCUAAGCUGCUUGGAGCAGGAGCUCCUGGUAGGCAGCCUGCUCCUGGGGGCUCUCCUCGCCUCCCUGGUAGGGGGCUUCCUCAUCGAUCGCUAUGGCAGGAAACAGGCCAUCCUCGGGAGCAACUUGGUGCUGUUGGCAGGCAGCCUGAGCCUGGGCCUGGCUGGCUCUCUGACCUGGCUGGUUCUGGGCCGCUCAGCAGCUGGCUUCGCCAUCUCCCUCUCCUCCAUGGCCUGCUGUAUCUACGUGUCAGAGCUGGUGGGGCCACGGCAGCGGGGAGUGCUGGUGUCCCUCUACGAGGCAGGCAUCACCCUGGGCAUCCUGCUUUCCUACGCGCUCAACUAUGCACUGGCCGGUGCCCCCUGGGGCUGGAGGCGUAUGUUUGGCUGGGCUGCUGCACCUGCUCUCCUGCAAUCCGUCAGCCUCCUCUUUCUCCCUGCUGGUACAGAUGAGGCUGCAGCCCACAAGGACCUCAUCCCUCUCCAGGGAGGUGAGGUCACCAAGCUGGGCCUGGGGAGGCCAAGAUACUCUUUUCUGGACCUCUUCAGGGCACGGGAUAACAUGCGAGGCCGCACCACAGUAGGGCUGGGGCUGGUGCUUUUCCAGCAGCUAACAGGGCAGCCCAAUGUGCUGUGCUACGCCUCCACCAUCUUCCGUUCUGUCGGCUUCCGUGGGGGAUCCUCAGCUGUGCUGGCCUCCGUGGGGCUUGGCGCGGUGAAGGUGGCAGCUACCCUGGUCGCCAUGGGGCUGGUGGACCGAGCGGGCCGCAGGGCCCUGUUGCUAGCUGGCUGUGCCCUCAUGGCCCUGUCAGUCAGCGGCAUGGGUCUUGUCAGCUUUGCUGUGCCCAUGGACUCAGGCCCAAGUUGCCUGGCCAUGCCAAAUGCCACCAGGCUCCCAGGCCUCCCUGGAGACUCCGGCCUGCCAAGGGGCAUAUCGCCACCUCCACUGCCAACAACCAGCAAGAGACGAGGGGAGCCAGUCUGGUCAACCUCUGAGAAGACCAAGCCUCGUGCUGGAGCUGGGAACCCCACAACCCCUCCCCUGCCAGCCCUAGGCACCACCUCCCCCGUGUCCCCGUCUCCUGCUCCGGAGUGGGUCCUGCUGCACUGGACCGCGCUGCUCUGCAUGAUGGUCUUUGUGAGCGCCUUCUCCUUUGGAUUCGGACCAGUGACCUGGCUUGUCCUCAGUGAGAUUUACCCGGUGGAGAUCCGAGGGAGGGCCUUUGCCUUCUGCAACAGCUUCAACUGGGCCGCCAACCUCUUCAUCAGCCUCUCCUUCCUUGACCUCAUCGGCACCAUCGGCUUGUCCUGGACCUUCCUGCUCUACGGGCUGACCGCCGUCCUCGGCCUGGGCUUCAUCUAUUUAUUUGUCCCUGAAACGAAAGGCCAGUCACUGGCAGAGAUAGACCAGCAGUUCCAGAGGAGACGGUUCGCCCUGAGCUUGGGCCACAGGCAGAGCGCCGCUGGCGUCCAGUACAGCCGCAUCGAGGUCUCGGCGGGCUCCUGACGAGCCCAUCUGCCUGGAAGAUGCUGGAAGCACGGCUUUGGCAGACAGUCUCCAGCUUCCGGCUCGCCGAGGCCCCGGAGUACAAGUUCCACGUGGUCCUUCAAAAGCUGUCUGUGCUUCAGAAGAGGCUUUUAUUGCUGGGAUGAAAGUCUGAGAACCCACAAGCCUUCAUUUUGAGUCUCAGGCUCUGAGGGUUGCUGAGGAUCCGCUUUCUUGCCUCAGUUUCCCCGAUGACGGUGCAUCCCUGCAGUACUUAUAAGGAGAACAUCUCAUGGAGCCCCUGUUGCUCCAUGGCUUUCUCAGAGGGUCUCUGGGGUGCCAACCCCGGCAAGAAGUCUCUCCUGGGAUCACUUCUAGAUCCAGCUGAGGGUACCAUAUUACUCCGCUGUCUUUUUUCCACCUUCCUAGGACUUUUUGGUGAGAAGGAAACCUGCUUUUUGGUUCUUAGUUCUCAGUUUUGGUCAAUGCCUCUAAUUCUCAUUCCCAGAAUAUUUAUCAUCCACCAGCAACUCAGACUGAGCUCUAGUUCUGAUUCUGCUGGUGUUAUUGCUCUAUGACCAUGGGCCUCAGUUUCCCCCAUAUGUACAAUGGGCGACCUGGACCAAGCAGUUCUUAAGAUCUCUUCUGACGCCACUGAGCCGGAAUUCUAAAUGCUGGUAAUACAACAAAUAGCCAACAUAGGUCCUGCUUUCCGAUUGCUGGUCAUCUCUUUGGGGGAUAUACGUUUUAAUUAGGGGAGAGGUAAAUGGGAUUCCAGAGUUGGGUGCACUAAAAUCCAGGAGCCAUCACAGCGCAUGCGGGAGCUGUUCCCAGGAUGGUGUGGGAGGGCUUUGCACAGAGGAGGUGGGUUUGGAGGCAGACCUACCUGCUUGCCUGUGUGGCCUCCACCUCUUGGCAGCUGUUGACCUUGGGUAAGUAAUGACUCCCUCAAGCCUCAGUUUCGGCAUCUGCAGAAUGGGGAUGGUUUUGCCGCUGUGGGUGUAUUUAACCCCUGUCUCCCUUCAGGAGGGUCUUCAGCUGGUCCCAUUCGGCUAGCCAGGGUAUGGGGGAUCUCUGCUCGCCCUGUUACCCAGGUCCUCACCUUUGGGACAUUGUAAAGGGUCGUCCCCCAAGGGGUGAGUCAAGUGGAGAUUGAGGCCAGAGGUCACUAAAGGCAGACUGGCGGGAAGGAGUUCCUGGAUGCUGACGAGACUGAAGAGCUGGCGCAGAUCCAGGGUGCUGGCGUCACCCGGCCUGGUCCCGUGGGCGUGAUGCAGCCCGCACAGGACCGUGGCCCCUCGACUUCUCCUCUCCUCUCGUGUCUAGAUGCUUCCCUCAUAUCCAGUGCUGUACUGCAGCUGACUCAUGCUGGCUCCUGAGAGCUGAUGGUUGAAUUUUCAGGAUUUUUGCAAACUGGUGGUUAAACACAGCCAUUGAAAAAAUUAAAUUAUUUAAACUUAUAAUUAAAUAAAUUAUAUUGAAAACAAACGUAUUAAAAACUAAAAACUCAUCACUUCCUUAUCUUACUCCAUUUUACUAUUAUCCGUGCUCUUGAGGUUAUUUGCAUCUAUUCUAUCUUACGCGUUCAAUGACAUCACGUGGGUCACUGGAAACUGGCCGUGGGGAGUGUAUUUGCACCACGGGGACUAAGGAACACUACACAUCAGGGCUUGGUUUCUUGAUUUUCCAGUCUUAAGAAGGUUGGGAUGGAUAAAACGUUCAAUUAAACUUAAAAGUGUGUCUGUAGCCAAUACCUUGUGAAUGGCACAAAAGAUGGAGAGAAUAUUGUUCCAGGGUUCGAACACUUACCCAGUUCAGCAAACACGUUGCUCCUGUCCGGGAUGAAGGAGCUCUGUUGUACAUCUUCAUUGUUUUACUUUCGUCUUACUCAUUAACGUAAACAAAAGUUGCGGCCCACAUUCGUGUCAGAGCUACAGCUGUCCUUCAGCGAUGUGAGCGACUUCUUUGCCAAGUUGUCUUGUUGUCAGCCAUUCAUCGGUAGUCAGAUUUUGUCAAAUCGUGGCUCAAUUGCAGCAAUAGUGGGUUUUGGCCUCAAGAGAUUGGCAAAAAAUGAGCUAAAACAUUCUGUGAGAAUUAUUUGGCUCUAUGGAAUUUAUAAUAAAGAAUAUUUACA